CACUGCGGUCUGCACGCUGCACUCCGUACAGCGUACUCCUUGCAUCUCAAAUUUCUAUUGCUUCUAGUAUCCCCUCGGUCCUUGAAGUCAUAAACCACCUGAUGCCUCUACAUAAUGCCAGGAUGCGAUACUAGGGGGUGUGUAUCCAGCACCCCAUAAUGCUGACCAACUCCCAUUCAGGAUAUCGAACCAGUCCAUCCAAACGACAAGUUUCAACUCUCUGAUUCUUUCCCAGUGCGAUUUAACAGAUAUACUAACCAACCUACCAAAUAGACUUCUAUGAACUCGACAGUCUUCCAGAAGAGACACAUUUGUAAACGCACCAAAUUUUCCAGCGCAACCACUGCCUACCUCUUUUCCUGCUCAACCACACCCACCACCCGAUACAUCCAACGCAAUGCCAACACCACCAAGCCUCAACCUCACAACUCACGCACCCCCAUCUCAACACAAGCUUGCCUAGCAUCCGAACCACAACCCAAACCCAAACCCACUAGCACGAGGCAGCUAUACACGCCCCCCAAUGCCACAAAUCAUCAACAGCAUGCCCAUGCAGCACCAAAACGCACGUCGGCCUCCUACAUGACAUGUCUAACGGUCAAAGCAACUAACCCGUUGCGUCUACAUGCUCUACAUCCACUGGAGCGGAAGAUUAAGUUCCCUUUGUUUUGAUACAUCUAGGUGCUAAAGAGGGUAAGGGGGGAAAAAGGAAAAUCCUCGUGAUGGGUGGGAUCAGCGUUGAGCUAAGGAGCUAAGGUUAUGGUCUGGUGGUUGUAGGGUACCACGUUGGAUUGAGCUGGCAGGGC